AUGGCGCGAUUUCUCAACAAGAGGAAAGCGGAUGAAAUUGGAUCAUCUUCUGAUUUUGUUGAUGUGAAUGAUCUUCCCUCGGAUCCUCAUGAUCGCAAGGCGAUAGCAUCAUACAACGUGAAUCAACGAGAUGAUGUUAGAAGGGCAUACCUACUAAGAGGACCAUGUCAACCAACGGGUAUUAAAUAUCCAACAUCAACGUUUCAAGGUAAAGAGUUGAGAAAAUUCAAACAAGAAUGGUAUGACCGAAAGGAAUACAAGGGAUGGUUAGAGUAUAGUAUAAAAUCGGAUCGUGUGUUUUGCUUAUGUUGUUACUUGUUUAGGUCCGAAUUUGGUGAUCAUAGAGACACAUUUGUUUUGAACGGGUAUAACAAUUGGAAAAAAGUACAUGAGGUACUUACAAAACAUGUUGGGUUAGUUAAUAGCGCCCACAACAAAUGUUUCCAAAAGUGUGCCGAUUUACUUAACGAAAAGCAAGCGGUAAACACACAAUGGGACAAAAGGACCCCUAAGGAGAAACGUGAUUACAAACUUAGAUUAAGCGCUUCUACUUUGCUUGGAAAAAGGUUGUUGAAUGGCGGUUUGGCGUUUCGUGGUCAUGAUGAGUCAAAAGAUUCAUUAAAUAAAGGAAAUUUCUUAGAGCUUUUAGAACUAAUGGGUGAAAUGAAUGAAGAGCUUGGUAAGGUUAUCUUAGAGAAUGCACUGGCGAAUAACCAAAUGACUAGUCCUAAAAGUCAAGCGGACAUUAAACAUUGUUAUGCUCAAGAGGUGCUUAAACAAAUUUUUGAAGAUCAUGGUGAUGAUGUUUUUUAUUUAUUAGUUGAUGAAUCAUGUGAUGUUUCAGAAAAAGAACAAAUGGCGGUUGUUAUUCAUUAUGUUGAUAAAGUUGGGAUUGUUAAGGAGCGUUUUAUUGGGCUUGUUCAUGUCAAAGAGACAAGCGCAUUAACACUUAAAUCGGCUAUUGAUGAUAUGUUAGCACAUUAUGGGUUGAGUUUGAAAAGGAUUAGAGGCCAAGGUUACGACGGGGCAAGUAACAUGUCGGGUGAGUUUAACGGCUUAAGAGCUCUUAUUUUAAAGGAAAAUGUUUUGGCUUUCUAUAUUCAUUGUUUUGCACACCAACUUCAAUUAGUUGUUGUGGCGGUUGCACACAAACACACACCUAUUUGGAGAGUAUUUGAAACGAUAACAUGUUUAACAAAUGCCGUUUGUGCAUCUUCCAAGCGACAAGACAUGCUUCGUGAAAGCCAAAGAAGACAAUUGGAAAAAAUGGAAGACGUGCUUUGUACCGGAAGUGGGUUGAAUCAAGAAAUGGCACUUUCAAGACCUGGAGAUACACGUUGGAAUUCCCACUAUAAAACGCUUUCGCGUUUGAUUACUUUAUAUCCAAACAUUAUGGAAGUUCUUGGAUGUAUAGUAGAAACGGGUCAAACUCUUCCUUGUAGUAGACAAGCGGACGGACUUCUAGAGGAUAUGAAAAAAUACGACUUUGUAUUUUACAUACACUUGAUGGAGCAUAUUCUAAACAUCACACACACAUUGUCCCAAUGUCUACAAAGAAAAGAACAAGAUUUGAUGAAUGCGGUUAAAUUGGUUUCUUCCACAAAAAACCAACUUGAAAAGUUUAGAUGA